AUGUCUUCAAAAUCAGAAGAUCACACAUAGAAAGAUUACUAUGUCUGUAAGCGAUGAGGGAAAGUCCAGAUAAUGAUUCCAUGGCUUUGGAAACUUCUGAUAGGUUUACUGACAUGUUUGAGCUAAUUGGAAACCAAAGACCUUGUGAAGAUGCUGGCUGAGGCUGGUAACAAAGAGUCAUCAUCUACCGUGAAAUAUGUUCUGUGCUGAAAAGCCACUAAGCGAGGAGGAAGCCAUUACUGCAAAAGAAAGAGGGGGAAAAAAGCCAGUGUGCUGUUUACAAAUGCACACAAGGACAAAGAUCUUAAUUUAUGGAGACAUGUCCUGUGGUCUGGGGAAACUAAAGAGGAACUGUUAGGCCGUCAUGAUGAUUGUUACAUGUGGAGGAGAAAAGGGGGCGCUUGUACGCCUCAGAAUUAAAGGUGGCUAAAUAAAAAAUAUACGCCACACUUUAGUUUCUUAUAUGUAAAAAACAAACCAUUUAUCAUUUUCAUUCUCUGUAAGAAGUAUGCAUUACUUAGUGAUUAUGUAGCACAUUAAAUCCAAAUUAAAAUGUCGUUAUAAUGUGACAAAGAUUUGAAGGACAUGGAUACUAUUCCAAGGUCAAGUACAGCACUCUUUUUAAGACUAAUGGAAAAUAUAACAAAAAUAGAAAAUUUAUAUGAAUAUGUCAGGUUCCUCCUAUUUUAUAUUGAUGCUUUCUCUUCAUUAAACACUCUAUAUUUUUAGUUAGGUGAAUAGAUAUCUCAUUGAAGACCCCUGUCCAGUCAGCUGACCAGGCAAGCUUAGAACAGUGUUUAUCUGCCUUUUCUGAUACUCUGUGGAUAAGAAAAAUUACGACUGGUUUACUUUUAAAUCUUCUUUGAGUUGAACAAAAUAGGACCAAGGAAGUUUCACAGAUAUUUCCUUGAUAUCCAGUCAAUUAUUGAAUAAUAUUGAUUUUUGUGAUUUCCUGGGGGUGGGGAGUUAAGGAAUGUGUCAAUACUAUUAAAAUUGCUUUAUAAUAGCUUUCAUUUGUGUCAAAUCUAAUUGGUCUAUUUUAGGUGGAGUAGCAAACAGCUACCUCAUGAUGGUGCUAGAGGAAAAGUAGACAUUUGACCAACGUCAUUUGUAUGGUGUGAAUGUCUGCACCAAUAAACAUGCCAUUCAGUGAAAAACUGGUAGUUUUUUUUUCUCAUGAUAACAUCUGUGUUGGACCUUCUCACAGGUCAUUGUCUGAAUAUCUCAAAAUAGAUUUUAUAUCAUUGCAUAAAGGCCGACUGAAGAACUAAAAAUGAGUUUCCUACCAACAGCUGAGAAUAUAUGAUGGUAUUUUGGCAUAGUCAUUGUUUUCUACACUGGUUAGCUCCUAUUAUCAGAAAACAAUGUUCUGUUUUUGCUCUCUCAGUGAGUGGCUGCCUUUUGCUUUCAUUCUAGUAAAUCUUUAGUUAUGAGUGCACACCUUCCUGUCUACCUCAAUCCCUCCCAUCUCUCUCUCUCUCUCUCUGCUUCUCUCUCUUUCUCUCUCUCUCUCUCUACCCAUACUUUUUUGCCUGAGCAACAGAGCAAAGAAAACAGACCUGUUUGUCUUACUGAAACCAGGAAACCAAUCAAAGGCAAGACAAGUAGGAACAAAAAGGGUGACCUGAAGAGAGAGAGAGAAGAAGCAACUCUUUUUCCACGGUGCUGCAUGUAAAUAUACCUGCUCCAUUGACCCUGAGAUUGUAGGAUUUUUAUGCUGCUGAGAUAAAUCCUGGUAAGAAAAGUAUGGUGUUAAAGAGUGACUCUGUGUGUAUAGUAGAAGGGAGUAAAUAGGCUAAGAGGCAUCCAUAAAUGCUGCUUUUUCUUGUUUUGUCUACUUUAACAGAAGGUUGUCCAAUAGACCUUACAUUAAAUUUUCUUUUCAAGUUCUAACAUAGUAAUUAGAAGAGGACAGCAGUGUUUACUCUGGCCGUAAGUGCUCCAUAUAUUUUUUAGGAUGUAGUAGUAUGUGCACUCCAGUACAAAACAGCAUGAUGUGUGAUGUGCGUUGUGUGUGUUAGGUGGAACAACACCGGAUGCUGUUUGAAGAGGAUAGGAUGCAGCGCGCUCAGAUCAACUUGAGGACUCUCGAAGAUUAUUGUACUGACUGCGAGUGUCAGUGUGAGCAAUCAGAAACCUGAACUUUGUAAGCUUUAGCUCCACCCAUUUUGUGCUUAUUAGUUCUCAUGCAUUCAAGACUGAACUUUGACAUCUCAUGACACAUAUUAAUAUAUAUGGUUACACACCCUCUUAUGCAGACACAUACUGAAACACGGACGUUUGAGGUGCUUUUUGCUUCACUUCACUUUCAAACACACAACCAGGAUCUUUAUGGCAGAAGCUGGUCCAGGAGCCUCAAGAAGCACCAGAAUGAGCUGCAAACCCUUGACUGGUGAAGACCUACGACUGAUGGAGAAGACCCUCAAAAGACUGGAAAGGCUUUCGGAGCUGUGUACGAACCCCCGCCUUGGCCUGAGGAACAGUCCACCAUUUCUGCCAGAUCUGGUUCGAGAGACUUCGACUUUGCUCACGCAGGUCUGGCUGCCCUAUCAAGGUGUCAGGACAGGAGGAGGUCUGGCUCCACGAGGGGAUGAGGCGAGAUACAUGAGAAUCCAUAUCAGAAACCUGCUGGAUAAGACGGACCGGGCCGUGCUGCUUUUCAAAGAGGGCCGAGAGAAGAUAUUUGAUGAGACAUCCAGCUACAGGAGGAAUUUGACCAAACUGUCCUUGCUGUUCAGUCACAUGCUGUGGGAGCUCAAGGCUAUGUUUCCAGGGGGAUAUUUUCAGGGUGACACCUACAAAGUGUCUAAGGUGGAAGCAGAUCAAUUCUGGAGGAAAUAUUUUGGAACCAUGUGUAUCGUGCCAUGGAGAAAAUUCAAAGAACAGUUGAAAAGUACACAUCCAUUUGAGGAAGGGAUGGAGGCCAUGGCUCUGAAAUCAACAAUUGACCUUACCUGUAAUGAUAACAUCUCAGUGUUUGAGUUUGAUAUUUUCACACGGCUAUUCCAGCCUUGGAAAUCACUUAUAAGAAACUGGAACCAGCUUGCUGUGACACACCCAGGCUACAUGGCCUUUCUUACUUAUGACCAAGUUGUAGGUCGGCUCGAAAACUACCUGCACAGACCUGGGAGCUUCAUCUUUCGUCUGAGCUGCACCAGAAUGGGUCAGUGGGCCAUUGGUCAUGUGACCACUGAAGGCGACAUCAUCCAGACCAUUCCACAGAACAAGCCUCUAUACCAGGCACUCAUCCAGGGCUUCAAGGAGGGCUGCUACUUGUACCCAGACGGCCGUGACAUGAACCCUGACCUGACAAGCUUGUGUGAACCAACCAGCAGAGACAAAGUCAAAGUUACAGAAGAGCAGUACGAGAUGUACUGUGAGAUUGGAAGCACUUUCCAGCUGUGUAAGAUCUGUGCAGAGAGGGAUAAGGACAUUCGGAUUCAGCCCUGUGGACAUCUGCUGUGCCAGCCAUGUCUCACGGGGUGGCAGAAGUCAGCCGGCCAUACCUGCCCAUACUGCCGCUGCGACAUCAGAGGGACCGAGUCCAUCCUCAUCGAGCCCUACAUGACAGGCCAUAGGUGGGGGGAUGAUGAAGAUGAUGAUGAUUAUGAUGAUGAUGAUGGCGAGGAGGAUCAUGAGGACAUUGAGGUGGUGGUAAAGGAAAUGGCUGCCCUCCGGAAGUUCUCAAGUUUGGACUCCCAGAUCAACAGUUCUCACCUCAGAGCUCCACCUUUACCCCCGAAAAACACCACUAACCCAGACUGCCCGUCUCCUAAGCCGUUUAGCAGACAUUCUCAAUCUUAUGAUGCGGCAUCUGAGAGACCAGAGGCGAACAGUUCCGGAUUCUUUGGCGAAGAAGAUUCUUCUUCUUCCUCUCAAAAGGCUACAGACUGCGCAGCAGCAUGGGCCAGACCUUCCAGUCCAGUCCAAGAGAGAAGACGUAAAGAGACGGAGAGAGGCGCAGCAAGACUCAGAAAAGACAAAACUGGCUUCGGAGAAAUAACAAGAACUAUGUCCUCCUGAUUGAACAAACAGAACGGCAACAUCUGAAGUCUAGGAAAUGUUUAACAAAGAAGUAAGAGGGACCUGAGAUAACUUUUUCAUAAUAAGACUUAAGUGAAUGUAAAAAAAAAAGAGGUGAGGAUAUCUCAUGUCUGAAAGGCCAUGCCUGCUGCAAACAGUUCUGAUCAGAAGUUUACAUAAACUCUUCAUCAACAGGAAUACUAUUUUCAUUGUGGGUUUUUCCUUAUUUGCUUAAAUUAUUUAUUUUCAGGUAGACUGAUAACACAGCAUACAACUGUAGCCGUUUUUUUGAAACAAGUUUUGAUUUAUUUUUGGAUUGCCUCUUGUUCACUCAAUGUCAAGCAGAUAUAAAAAGGCUGAAAUAUUCA